CCAUUUCCACGCUUACUACUCGCUACUCUAGUGAUUAUUGUUGUGGUUCCGCAUCGCUCGCCAUGUCAGCGCCAUCGCAACUGAGCAAGGACCCGCGCAACAAUUAUUUCGACUUUGGGGCGGCGCGGCAGGUGCCCGAAACGCACAUGUGGGAGGGGCUGUACGAGCACCCGGUGGUGGACGGCGGCGUCGAAGCCGGGGAGGACGCCGUGCCGGUGGUGGACAUGCAGGACCCGCGCGCGGCCGAGGCGGUGGCGCGUGCGUCGGAGCAGUGGGGCGUGUUCCUGCUCGAGGGCCACGGCAUUCCGAGCGAGCUGCUCGCGCGCGUCGAGGCCGGAAUCGCUGGCAUGUUCGCGUUGCCGACGCCGGAGAAGAUGCGUGCCGAGCGGCAGGACGGCGAGCCCUAUGGCUAUGGGUUGCCGCACAUCGCGUCCUACUCCUCCAAGGCCACGUGGUCCGAGGGCUACACCUUGUCCCCGGCCAGCCUCCGUGCCGAGCUACGCAGGGUCUGGCCAGACGCCGGCGAGGACUACCGCCACUUCUGUGACGUGAUGGAGGAGUUCCACAGGCAGAUGCGAGCGGUGGCUGACAAGCUGACGGUGCUGUUCCUCGCGGCGCUCGGGCUCGCCGGCGAGCAGAUCGCCGCCGUCGAGGCGGAGCGCAAGAUCGUGGAGACCAUGUCCGAGACCGUGACCAUGCACCUCAACUGGUACCCAAAGUGCCCUGACCCGAAGCGAGCGCUGGGCAUGACGACGCACACGGACUCGGGGUUCUUCACGUUCGUGAUGCAGAGCCACGUCCCCGGGAUGCAGCUGUUCCGGCGCGGGCCAGACAGGUGGGUUGGGGUGCCGCCCGGGGCACUCAUCGUCAACAUCGGUGACCUCUUCCAGAUCCUCACCAACGGCCGCUUCCGCAGCGCAUACCACCGCGCUGUCGUCAACCGCGACAGCGCUCGGGUGUCGGUGGCCUACCAUCUCGGCCCGCCCGCCGACGUCAAGGUAGCGCCGCUCAGGGAAGCCGUGGGCGCUGGCAAGCCCGCCUACCGCACCGUCACGUGGCGAGAGUACAUCGUCGUACGCAAGGAGGCCUUCGCCACCGGGGGCUCCGCGCUCGAGAUGGUCUCCCUCAGCCCCGAUGACCACGACGAUGAGGGUGAUGGCGCUGACCACAUAAGUGAAAUCCCGUCAUAGGUCGGUGCAAGCCAUCACUAGAGACCGAUCGACGAAUACAAAUUCAUGGAAUUGUACUAAAAAUGGUAAUUUAUGUGUCGAAGAAUCUCUCUGUGAUCAUAUAUCCCAUGUGGACUAUAGAUCAUUUAGACAUCCGUGGAAGGUGAAAAUUUUCUGUUAAUAUAAAAAAUCUAAAUGUGGCUCAUCUGGCAUAAUGCCAUAGUUACUAUGGAUAACAUGAAUAUGAUCAAAAUCUUAAUUCCUGUUAA